AUGCACAACUCAACCCCCCUCCUCCUCUUCACCGCCCUCCUACCCCUCAUCUCAGCCCAAACAACCACCCUCGUCACCCCAGUCCCCAUCCAAUUCUACGACUACCCGUCUCCGACCCAAGACUUUAACGAUACCUCCCUCUCCCCCGACCACAAACUCCUCUCCGACAUGCGCUCCUUCCGCGCCGCCCACAGAACCGAGUCCGAAUACUCCCUCGUCACAGCCUUCUUCGCCACGCAGACCGCCAUCCCGUCCCGGAGUCUGCAAAGGGCGGAACAGAGCUAUGCGAGGGAAUUGGCGACGGGGAAUACGAAUGCGGUGGCGCCUAUCGUGACGGUUCUGCCGGAGAGUUUGAGGAGUUGGGCUAGUAGUUAUUAUGCGGCGUAUGCGAGUGUUUAUGUGGGGGAUUUGGGGAGUGAGACAGCCUCAAAUAAAGCCAUCCUCGACUCAGCUUCCUCCCGCGCCUCCUCACGUUCCGCCGAACGCGCAACACGGACUCGGACUCGUACUGGGGAGGGUGAAGAGGCGAGUGCUAGUGCUAAUGCUACCAGCGUCACCGUAUCGAGUAGUGGCAGCUCGGCGAGUGGUACGGCUGGUACGGUGAGUGUAGCUGCGACGACGACUACGGCUAGUGAGAGUACGAGUGCAAGUGCAAGCUCGAGCACUUCAGCUGCUGCGACGGGAGGUGCGGAGGGGGUGGUGGUGGGAAAAUGGUGUUUGGCGGGCCUGGGUGGGGUGAUGGGGGCGAUGAUGGUGUUGUGA